AUGAGGAGUGCUUCCACUCCCAGCGGGACAGGUAGCAACCAGCAGCUGGCCUCAGUGGGAACCAGGCCAGACUUCGCAGAGCGCGGCUCAGGCAGCCAAGGCCCAGACACCUCCCCGGAGCUCCCGGGCUCCGAUUCACGGGAGUUCAGCUUUCCGGCGGCUGAUGAUGUGGGGCCGUCUCAGCAGCUUGCUGCUACCGGAGCGAGGCCUCCAGGGGAGCCCGGCUCGAGGACGAGCGACGACGAUGCGGAGGAGAGUCCGGAGAAGGGAGGGGGCAGGCGGCAGAAGCUGACCCAGAAGCAGGCGCAAGAGCUGGAGGCGCUCUUCCAAGCCGACCCCUCGGGCCCGGCAGCCCGGAGAGCCGCCCUCUCCCAGCAGUUCGGCUUGCCGCAACAGCAGAUUGCCAACUGGUUCCAGAACAGGCGGGCAAGAGAAAGGAACAUGGAACUGCAACAAGACUUCGAGACUGUACGAAGGUGCCUCAGAGCCGCUUUCGAGGAAAACCUGAUGCUGCGGAGACAACUCGAGGAGCUUCGCGCGGAGCACGCGCUCUGCCCGCCGCGCGGGUCCGCCAAGCCCGAUGCGGACGCGUUUCAAAUGUCGUUUCCGUCGCGCUCUGGCCAGAUGACGUGGCAAGCCCCGGCCUUCGGAUCGUCCCCCCACCUUCUCUUUCCCCCGACCGCGAGCCCGCCUCUUAAGCGGCCCCCGCGCUCCGUCUCCGAAUCCGCCCUGCCAAAGCGCGCGCGCGUCGGCUCCCCCCCCGAGGCGACCGCGUUCUCGGGUCCCUCUUUCCGCUCCCAGACUCCGGUCGGCGAGCGGAACCCGGACAGUUUAAGCAACGACCGUUUUGGGGGGUUGCCGUUCGGGCAGCUAGCUCCGGCGCGCGCACCCCCCAUGCUCGCCUCCGCGCCUUUGCCCACUACGACGACACCCACGUGGCCGCUCACGCUCGACGAGGCCUUCCGUGAUUUGCUCAGAGGGGAUCAGGGCACCAGCGGCAUCUCUGCUGCGCCUCAGGGUUAUCUGGGGGAUCCCUUCCGGCCUCUUCCUGGCGGAGUGGGGCUGACAAUCCGCCCUCUUAGUCCGUUUGAUCUGGGUGCCUUGCCGCCCCUGGAGCCGGGCAGCGACGCCGCCCGCAUUCCCCCAGAGAUCGGCGGGGCGCCGGGGCCAUAUGCGGACGCGAGCGAAGACCUUCCAGGGAACUUGGACCCGGAGGUGCCUCCCUGGUGGGAAGACUGA